CCAGCAGGGGGGUCUGAGGCUGUGCGCCCAGAUUGCGAGAAAGGGAAGUGGGGUGGCGAGGUCGUGCACUGAGGGUAGACGCGGAGGCCAGGAGUAGCAGGCGGUGGGGGAAACGAAGUGGAGAAAGGAAAAAAGGAAAGAGGAGCGAGAGUAGGGGGUGGGGCAGAGAGGGCGGAUCCGAGUGCGCCCUCCGCCUCCAGCCCCCACACUGCCAGCUCCCUCCCAGCCCAGCCGGCUACAUCUGGCGGCUGCCCUCCUUUGUUUCCGCUGCUUCCAGACUUCUCCGGUGGUGGCUGGAGACUGCGCAUCUGGGGCUUUAAACAUACAAAGGGAUUGCCAGGACCUGCGGCGCCGGCGGCGGCGGGGGCUGGGGCGCGAGGGCUGGACCAUGAGCCGCUGAGCCAGGCAAAGCACAGGAGACGGACCCAGAGGACCCUCGGAGCGCAGCCCUGCGCCACGGAAUAGGCUGCAACCAGGCGGCGUCGCGGCUGCACGCACCGAGCCAGCGACCCCCGGGCGACGCGCGGGGCCCGGGAGCGCAACGAUGGAGGCGCUAAAGGCCCAGGGCGCGCUCGCGGGUCCCCUGAGGACGCUCUGCCUCCUGGGCUGCCUGCUGGGCCACGCCGCCGCCCCGCCGUCGCCCAUCAUCAAGUUCCCUGGCGAUGUCGCCCCAAAAACGGACAAAGAGUUGGCAGUGCAAUACCUGAACACCUUCUACGGCUGCCCCAAAGAGAGUUGCAACCUGUUCGUGCUGAAGGACACGCUGAAGAAGAUGCAGAAGUUCUUUGGACUGCCCCAGACAGGCGAUCUUGACCAGAACACCAUUGAGACCAUGCGGAAGCCGCGCUGCGGCAACCCAGAUGUGGCCAACUACAACUUCUUCCCCAACAAGCCCAAGUGGGACAAGAACCAGAUCACAUACAGGAUCCUUGGCUACACACCCGAUCUGGACCCAGAGACGGUGGAUGAUGCCUUCGCUCGUGCCUUCCAAGUCUGGAGUGAUGUGACCCCCCUGCGGUUUUCACGAAUCCAUGAUGGAGAGGCAGACAUCAUGAUCAACUUCGGCCGCUGGGAACAUGGCGACGGAUACCCCUUUGAUGGUAAGGAUGGACUCCUGGCUCAUGCUUUCUCCCCAAGCCCUGGUAUUGGGGGAGACUCCCACUUUGAUGACGAUGAGCUGUGGACCUUGGGAGAAGGGCAAGUGGUCCGUGUGAAGUACGGGAAUGCCGAUGGGGAGUACUGCAAGUUCCCCUUCCUGUUCAGUGGCAAGGAGUACAACAGCUGCACUGACAUAGGCCGCAGCGACGGCUUCCUCUGGUGCUCCACCACCUACAACUUUGAGAAGGACGGCAAGUACGGCUUCUGUCCCCACGAAGCCCUGUUCACCAUGGGCGGCAACGCUGAAGGACAGCCCUGCAAGUUCCCAUUCCGUUUCCAGGGCACAUCGUAUAACAGCUGCACCACUGAGGGCCGUACGGAUGGCUACCGCUGGUGCGGCACCACUGAGGACUACGAUCGUGACAAGAAGUAUGGCUUCUGCCCUGAGACUGCCAUGUCCACUGUUGGUGGGAACUCAGAAGGUGCCCCCUGUGUCUUCCCCUUCACCUUCCUGGGCAAUAAGUAUGAGAGCUGCACCAGCGCCGGCCGCAGUGAUGGAAAGAUGUGGUGUGCAACCACAGCCAGCUACGACGACGACCGCAAGUGGGGCUUCUGCCCCGACCAAGGGUACAGCCUGUUCCUUGUGGCAGCCCAUGAGUUUGGCCACGCCAUGGGGCUGGAGCACUCCAAGGACCCUGGAGCUCUGAUGGCGCCCAUUUACACCUACACCAAGAACUUCCGCCUGUCCCAGGAUGACAUCAAGGGCAUUCAGGAGCUCUAUGGGGUCUCUCCUGACAUUGACCUUGGCACCGGCCCCACCCCCACGCUGGGACCUGUCACUCCUGAGAUCUGCACACAGGACAUUGUUUUUGAUGGCAUUGCUCAGAUCCGUGGUGAGAUCUUCUUCUUCAAGGACCGAUUCAUUUGGCGGACUGUGACACCGCGUGACAAGCCCACGGGGCCCCUGCUGGUGGCCACAUUCUGGCCUGACCUCCCGGAAAAGAUUGAUGCGGUAUACGAGGCCCCACAGGAAGAGAAAACUGUGUUCUUUGCAGGGAAUGAAUACUGGAUCUACUCAGCCAGCACCCUGGAGCGAGGGUAUCCCAAGCCACUGACCAGCUUGGGACUGCCCCCUGAUGUCCAGAAAGUGGAUGCCGCCUUUAACUGGAGCAAGAACAAGAAGACAUACAUCUUUGCUGGAGACAAAUUCUGGAGAUACAAUGAAGUGAAGAAGAAAAUGGAUCCUGGCUUCCCCAAGCUCAUCGCGGAUGCCUGGAAUGCCAUUCCCGAUAACCUAGAUGCCGUCGUGGACCUGCAGGGUAGCGGUCACAGCUACUUCUUCAAGGGUGCCUAUUACCUGAAGCUGGAGAACCAAAGUCUGAAGAGCGUGAAGUUUGGAAGCAUCAAAUCCGACUGGCUAGGCUGCUGAGCUGGCCCUGGCUCUCACAGGCCCUUCCUCUCCACUCCCUUCCAUACACCGGGCCUGGAGCACUAGAGAAGGACCCGGAGGGGCCUGGCAGCUGUGCCUUCCACUCUACAGCUAAUCAGCAUUCUCGCUCCUACCUGGUAAUUUAAGAUUCCAGAGAAUGGCUCCUCCCUGUGCCCAAGGAUAGGUGCUGAUUGUACCCCUCCCAGGCACCCCUUCCCCUUCCACUCCCAACAACCCUCAGAGCCACCCCUGACAAGAUACUUUGAUAUUUUCAAUGCAGCUCUGCUUUGGGCUGCCCUGGUGCUGCCACACUUCAGACUCUUCUCCCUCCACAACCUUCUGUGGCUCACAGCACCCUUGGAGCCAACAGAGACUGUCUCAAGGGGGCACUGGUGGCCCGACAGCCUGGAAUAGGGCAGUGGGAUGGGGGCAUGGCGAGGUGACCACUCCAGACCCCUGGCCUUUCACUGCUGGCUGCCUUAGAACCUUUCUUACAUUAGUAGUUUGCUUUCUCUGCAUUUUGUUUUCUUUUGGUCUUGUUGUUUUUUUUUCCCCCCCCCACUUAGAAAUUGCAUUUCCUGACAGAAGGACUCAGGUUGUCUGAAGUCACUGCACGGUACAUCUCAGCCCACAUAGUGAUGGUUCCUCUGUUCACUCUAUUUAGCAUGUCCCUACGCAGUCUCUUCCUCCACUGGCUGGAGGAAAACCAAGUGGUGGCUUCCUGUUCAGCCCUCCCCACCCCUCCCUUCAACCGUUCCCCAUGGGAAAUGCCAACAAGCAUGAAUAAAGACACCAAUUGAGUGGC